AACAGAAGAAAAGUCAACAAAGUUGACAGUUUUGAUUUUAAAUGGAUUGUAUUCAUAAAUUUUUACUGUUGUCGAAACAUUUUAGUAUAUUUUAAUGUCUUCCGUGUUUAGAGGUCAGGUGUUGAAGAGCCUCGUUGUGUUUGGAUCGCAGUAUCGACGGCUGUCCACCAAGCAAGGAUGUCCAAGAGCGAAAACCAUCCUGCUAUCAACGUUGGGCGUAAUCGGGGCCGGUGCAGGGGCGCUUCUAUACGCCCUCGAAAACGCGUACGUGGAGGCCUCUUACGCGGACUUGGCUCACGCGCAUCACCAGCCGUGGACCCACGACGGCUGGACCCAGGCGCUGGACCACGCCAGCAUCCGACGCGGGUACGAGGUCUAUAAACAGAUAUGCAAAGCGUGCCACUCCUGCCAGUACAUAGCGUUCCGCAACCUGGUGGGCGUGACGCACACCGAGGAGCAGGCCAAGGCGGAGGCGGCGGAGGUGAUGGUGCGGGACGGGCCCGACGAGACCGGCGAGUACUUCGAAAGGCCAGGCCGCCUGUCCGACUACUUCCCAAGUCCGUACCCCAACGAGAACGCGGCUCGCUACGCCAACAACGGCUCCUACCCGCCGGACCUGUCCCUCAUAGUGCUUGGCAGACACGGCGGCGAAGACUACGUCUUUUCGCUGCUCACAGGAUACGUCCCCGCGCCCGCCGGCGUGGUGCUCCGCGAGGGACAGCACUAUAACCCCUACUUCAGCGGCGGAGCCAUCGCUAUGGGAAAGCUACUCGAGGACGACGCCAUCGAGUACACGGACGGCACGUGCGCGACGGCCGCGCAGAUGGCCAAGGACGUGGCCACGUUCCUGCGCUGGACCUCAGAGCCGGAGCUGGACGACCGCCGGCAGAUGUCCAUUAGGCUGUGUCUCUGGUUCACCGUGGCCUCAGCGCUGAUGUGGUUCUUCAACAGACACAAGUGGAUAUCCAUGAAAUCUAGGAAGCUCGCUUACAAGCCCGUCGCCAAGUGA